AGCAAGUCUAAGCUUUUUACCCUCCAAUGGCUUCUUUGAUUCCUACAUCCGCCGCAGAAAACUCCGGUUAUUCAUCUAGCAUGGCGAUCCCUGACGAUGUUAGGGUUUUGUCCAUCUUUGGGAAACCUAUGGUUUCUACAAAGAAAGCUACAACUACCAUUGUGAAUGUGGCCACCAAUAUGCCAGGGACAACUCAAUCUCCGCUUCAAAAAGAAGUCGUAGAUGAGCGGAAGCUAGUGGCGUGGACUAGUGUUCGGCAAGAACGUUGGGAAGGCGAGCUUGUCGUCGAAGGAGAAAUACCUAAAUGGCUGAAUGGAACGUACAUAAGAAACGGACCAGGGUUAUGGCAUCUUGGCGACUACAACUUCCGCCACCUCUUCGACGGCUACGCCACCCUCGUCCGCCUCGGCUUCGACAACGGCCGCCUAGUAAUGGGCCACCGACAAAUCGAAUCCGACGCCUACAAAGCAGCAAAAAAGAGCAACAAACUUUGUUACCGUGAGUUUUCUGAAGUCCCUAAACACGACAACUUCCUAGCAUACAUUGGCGAUUUAGCGAACCUAUUCUCUGGUGCAUCGUUAACCGACAAUGCCAACACCGGAGUGGUCAAACUAGCCGAUGGACGAGUUGUUUGUUUAACUGAAACCAUCAAAGGGUCGAUUGUGAUCGACCCUAACACGUUGGACACGUUAGAAAAGUUUGAGUACAGUGACUCGUGGGGUGGGUUGAUUCAUUCAGCCCAUCCCAUAGUCACUGACUCAGAGUUUUUGACGUUGUUGCCGGAUUUGUUGAACCCCGGAUAUAUGGUGGCAAGGAUGGACCCGGGGACGAAUGAGAGGAAGGUGAUUGGUCGGGUUGAUUGUCGAGGUGGGCCGUCUCCCGGGUGGGUGCACUCGUUUCCGGUGACCGAACAUUAUGUGAUUGUACCGGAGAUGCCGUUGAGGUAUUGUGCUAAGAAUUUGUUGAAAGCUGAACCAACACCAUUGUAUAAGUUUAGAUGGUGUCCGGAAUCUAAAGGGUUUAUGCAUGUUAUGUGCAAAGCUAGUGGAAAGAUUGUGGCAAGCGUGGAAGUUCCUUUGUUUGUGACAUUUCAUUUCAUCAAUGCGUAUGAAGAAAAGGAUGAAGAAGGGAGGAUCACCGGAGUGAUAGCGGACUGCUGCGAGCAUUACGCCGACACCACCAUCCUUGACAAUCUCCGCCUUCAAAACCUCCGGUCGUGGGGUGGAGAAGAUGUCCUACCAGAUGCAAGAGUUGGACGAUUUAGGAUACCACUCGAUGGUAGCGAAAAAGGAGAACUAUAUGCAGCAUUGAACCCAGAUGAACAUGGAAGAGGGAUGGAUAUGUGUAGCAUCAACCCUAACUUUUUAGGGAAACAAUAUAGAUAUGCUUAUGCUUGUGGUGCUCAAAGACCUUGUAACUUCCCCAACACCCUAACCAAGAUAGACUUGGUUGAGGGAACGGCGAAAAACUGGUAUGACGAGGGUGCUGUCCCCUCCGAACCAUAUUUUGUGGCUCGUCCUGGUGCAACUGAGGAGGAUGAUGGAGUCGUAAUAUCUAUGAUAAGCGAUAAAAAUGGGGAAGGAUAUGCGUUGAUCUUAGACGGAACAACAUUUGAAGAAAUCGCAAGAGCAAAGUUUCCAUACGGGCUUCCAUAUGGACUUCAUGGAUGUUGGGUUCCGAAGAAUUAGGAUCAAAAGAUUUCAAAAAUUCAAUUUAAAAUGUCGAUGAUUGCUAGUGUAUUUAGUUACUACGCGUGAUUAGUAAAGCCUAGUUGUAAUAAAAAAAUAAACCCGAACGCAAGUGGUUGUGAGACUCAAAAAGAAAUUACAACGCGUAAAAUCUGGUUACAAAGUGUGUGUUGGUCAUUUGUUCACAUAUGAAAUACUUUAAUUCUAUGUAUACAUCUUUCAUUUGUAUCAUUAAAGAGAAUCAUUUAGUUUUCUAA